CCAGCAUCACGAUCUCAAUCGCCAUAUCAAUCCAAUCCAAUCCCCACGUACAAUCCCUUCAAAAUGACCGGCCGACACAAAGCAAUCCGUCUCCCACCUCUCAAGACCCUGCGCGUCCACAACCCCAAGCGCCAGGUUGAGAAUCCCUGCAUCGCCAUCAUGUCCAGCGUUCUCGCAUGCUGGGCCUCAGCAGGCUACAACGCAACGGGCUGCGCAGCAGUAGAGAACCAGCUCCGCAAAUGCAUGGACGGUCCGCCUCCUCCCCCCGCGGGCACGAAUACGAUUAACUACCAUCUCGCACGAAUGCAAAAGUACAUGACGGGGCCGAGGAAGCAAAAGUAGAUACAGAUACAGAAAAGGAAGAAGAAGGAUUAUGCAUUUUGGGCGUCGGAAGCGCUGCUUUUGCUGGGAUGGGAUUGGAUUCGAGACAUGUACAACAAUACCCGCAGAGGUGAUAGAAGAGCGAGAUGUAUAAAUAUCGCUGUACGAUACAGUUGCAAGUACAAUUCAAGUCAUGACAAUUUGAACCAACAAACUGGUGUUCAAUAAUCCAUGGUGGAAAGGUCACAGAUUCAGGGUCAUAACAUCACGAUAUGAGACGGA